UAUGGAAUCACCUAAUAAAUUCAUUCGUUUUCUCAUUAAAAUACAUUGAGCUUAUGUAAGAAGAGAGAUAGAAUCAAGUGUUUAAUAUGUUGAUUUUUGUUAUUUUGAUAAAAAAUAGAAGUUGAAUUAAAUAUCAGUUAUAGGAGGGCUGUUGCAAUCAAGGUAUAAUAGUAUACUUUGAGUGCAAAUGCAGCCUGUAAUUCUGUAUUAACAUAUUAUUAAGGCAAUUUUCAAAAUAAAAAAUCUUACUGUAUUGUACUCCAGGGUGGGAGUGUUCAUUAUAUAAAAGAAAGGUUUAGAUAAGAUAAAAAAGGUUGUAUGAG